AGAAUUUACGUACUAAAAAAAUAUGUUUUAUUUAUUUAUUUAUUAAAAGGCUAACCCAACCGGCCCUUUUGCCGACAGGUUCCGCAAAGAAUGCUUCUGAACAGCAUUACUCUUGUAAUUAUCACUUCUCGUUUUCUUUCUUAAUUUAUUUUCAGUCUUCUGCUCUGAAUCUCCUCGUUUUUCUUCUUCCCAAAGCUUCUUCCUUACUGAAAAUGUCUCAACCUAGUCAACCUUCCGCCAGUGAAAUCUCCGGGGAUGCCAACCCCCCUAUUGCCGAAGUUAGGCCAACCGAGGCCGAUACUACUCCUGCCGACGAAGUUGCUGCCGUUGUAGGAAACACGACUAAGUACUGGGAAGUUAUCGGUGGGAUCAGAUCCAUUUUUACUCCAGCCAUUGAAGGGUUUCUUCGUAAUAAUUACGACAUCCCUUCCACGGUGGUUCUUCAUUUUCCUUCUCCUUCGUCAAGUCCGUUGGCGAAUCUUGGAGAAGUCUGUGUGUAUGAGCGUAUGCUUAAGGCGGGGUUGCGUUUCCCCCUUCCAAGAAUCGCCCGAGAACUGCUUUGCCAUCUUGGAGUGGCGCCGUUUCAAAUUGCGCCCAAUGGAUGGCGAUUUCUUAUAGCCUGCUAUCUGUUGUGGCCGGAAGCGAAUCCCGGCCAUGAGAUGUCAGUGGAGGAAUUUCUGAAGGUUUACCGUCCGAUGCCUUUGCAAGAGGUGUCCGGUGUGCUAUCAUUUACUGCCCGGGAGAAACUGCAAGUUAUAGGUCUCGGAGGUACUUACACCAACAACAAGGAUUGGCAUAAGGAAUUUUUCUUUGUGUCCGGAGAUUGGGAGUGCCUCCCGGAUGAAGAUUUGUCUCAAGUUUUGAGAAUCCCCCGAUCAUGCCGCCCUUUGCACAAAGAAAUGGAAGCGCCUCCCUCUUUGACUCGAGUUCAGCUCAAGCGUGUGGCCAACUUUAUAUCUUUUGUUCACAAACAUCUGAAGACCCCCCGACUGGCUUUUAAAGUUAUUGUUACAGAUCAGAACCUCCGGGACAGACUCCACUAUUCAAUUCCGGAAAAUAAAGUUCUUUGGAAGAGGAAUUUGAAGAAGAAGAAAGCUCUUGCACCCAAAAAACAGAAGAAGAAGAAGAAGAAAGCUCUUGCACCCAAAAGACAGAAGACACUUUUUGUCAACGCGAGGAAACCUGCUGCUGAUUCUCCGGAGAAAAGGGCUGCUUCUAAAGCUGCAAAGAAGACUGCAACUGAGGCUUCCAAGAAACGAGCUCUCGAAGGUUCAAAGAAACCGAUUGCUGAGUCUCCGAAGAAGACUGUCGGUGACAGGGGCAAGACUGAUGAGCCUUCUCAAACGGUGGUCAAAGAUAAAGGCAAGAGGAAAGCUGGUGAUGCUCUUCCGAGAAUCACUAUAGCAGGCUUACCCCAAGCCCCUGCUAAAACUUCUUUGAGGCUCUUAGUCGAGCUUGAAGACCCUGACUUUCCUUUGAAGAGGAAGAAAGCGAAGAAGGCAGAGGCUAGUUUGAGAACAGUGGGGCCUGAAGUUAACUUGGAAGCGGAGAGGUCUGAAUCUGGCUCGGGAGCAGAAAAUCUUAACGAUGACUCGGGGGCGGAAAGGCCUGACAGUGGCUCAGGAGCAGAAAGGCCUGAAGCUAGUUCGGGAGCAGAGACAUAUGCUCCUGCUGUGCCUACUCCUGUCGUCAGAGCCUUUACCAAUGUCUUGAGUGGUGCCAGGAGGCUUUUGAACAAGAAUCUCACGAUUCAGGAGGUUCUUCUCGAGGGUAGACCAUCCAGGCCAUCAACAGUAACUCUGCUCGACGGUGAACCCCUUCUUGUUGCACCUUCCAUAGCUAUGCCCCUCUCAUCUGCUUCUACAGAAGUCGUGCACUUGUCAGCUUCUGAGUCUGACACUGAGUCUGACACCGUGAGCUCCCCAGAUUUAGAGCAUAUUCUUAGGGAUCUUGCUGCUAAGGCACCGCUAAUAGAGCCUCUUGCUAUGGCGAUUCCAGAGCAGACCGAGUCAAGUGAUCCCUCUGUGAUUCCCGAGACUAGCUGCAGCAAGCUUAACCCUGAGCCUGUGAUCAGUGAACCUGUGGCCACCGAGCCUACUGCUACAGUUAUCGAGGCCGUGGUCACCGAGCCUGUGACCACAGAGCCUAUGACCGCCGAGCCUACUUCUGCAGUUGCUGAGGCUGAAGAAAAUCAGCCGACUGAUCCUCGAGCUGGUGGGGAACCAAUGAAUAUUGAAGAGCCUACCCAGCUGCAUGGGAAUAACCCGGAGCCGAUCAGCUGGACAUUCGGGGAACCCCUUUCUCAACUGGGCGAAGAUUGGCUGGGCAAUCCCUUCAGUGCACUUGUCAGUUUAAUCCCACCAAAUUGUUCGGCAGGUGGUAGCAUACAGCCUCCAAAAGAAGUGAUGGAGCAGAUGCUAUACCAUCAGCUCAAUGGAUCCAUGAAGUGUCUUGACUACUACAUCAGCUUCAGAAAGUCUACUGAAAACUCUGCUUCAGAUACUAAAGCUUUGAAGAAGAGACUUGAAGACUCUGACGCUGAAGUUACUCGGUUGCGAGAGAGGUCAGCUCAGCAAGAUAACGAGCUUCUACUUUUAGGAGAGCGAAUAGUGUUGCUGGAAGCUCAGUCUGCUCGAGUUUCUGAACAUAACACUGAAGCAGAGUCUCAAAUCCAAGAGCUAGAAACUGGGUUUGCUGCUGCUCAAGCAAGAUUCAAGAGGCUUCUGACAGACUAUUCAGCUCUUGAAGAUGAAGCUAGUCAAAUUAAGGAGAAGCAUGCCGAGGUUGAACUCCAAUGCAGAGCUUCUAAAGCUCGGAUCAACUCUAUUUCCGAGGAACUUCAAGAAGCGCAAAAGGAAGCCUUGGUUCAAUGUGCAAGAGCUGAGUCUGCCGAGGAGAAGCUAAAGACCGCUGAGGAGAGGCAGAAGGUUGCUGAGGAGAAGGCUUCAAGCUUCAAAGGGAAAUUCUGCCGAGCGAAAGAGCAAGUGUGCAGAUACAAGGGAAAAGCUCGGAUCUUCUACAAGCAGCUAUCCUUUGCUUCCUGGGCUCGAGACUCAGGCUGGGGCUUAGGUUAUAUUACAGGCUUUGAGACUUUCCGAGAUUGGGUCAAAAAUCCUUCUAAUCUCAUCAACCUCUACACUGUCAAUGCUGAGGACGUCCCUCCUGCUGAACAGGCCAUUGAAGAGGUUGCUAGCAUUGGCCAAAAGGAGAUGCCAGAUUGCAAGGGGAUCACAUUCUUUGGCUACAACCCUUUUGCUAGAUCCGAGGUUGUGGGACACCCGGAAGCUAAAGAGCACCUAGAACCUGAAGAGCAUUCGGAUGAUAAUGACUCUUCAAAGUCGGUGUAUGUAUCAGAGGAGGAGUGGGACUUUGUAUCGGAUGGUGCCGAAAGUCCCAAUACUUAAAGUCUUGUAAACGUAAUCCUGUGCAAAUGUUUUUAAUGAAAAUCAUUUGCUUAAACUACUCGGCUAUUUCCUUUAUUUGCAAAUAGUAAAAGAGA